AUGGUUUUGUACAAAAGAAAACCCAUAAUCUUACCAGAUCCACCAUUGUUACCCAACGAUUUGGAUAUUAAAGUAUGGCUUAUUCCAGAAACGGGAGAAUGGUUUCGAACCUACGAAGAAUAUCUUAAUAGAAUAUAUUUUUACAACAAGCAUGUUUUCACCUGUGAAAUUACCGGCACUUCCUGUUUAUCAUUUUUUCAAGCAAUCAAUAGUGAAGAACGCGAAUUCGAAAAUUUAGAAUCGAAAUUCCCCUUGAAGUUAAGAGAGCCUGUUGCCAAAUUUUUACAUUUCAAUGUUGUCACUCGACUAGACUUAUUAGUAGAACAUGUAUAUAUUAAAUUCAAAACUAAUUUUUUCCCAGGAGAACUGGUAUUAUUAAUCAAUAAACAACAACAACAGUCAAUUACUGAAAAUAAUAGCACUAAUAACAACAAUAAAAAAGAAUAUUGGAUAGUUCGCGAAAAAGCUCAAUUUAACGCUAUCAUAGAUCCGCAGACUAAAAUAGAGUUAAAUCCAGCCUACUCUAAAUAUAGUAUAUUCAAUGAAAAAACUGGCGAAUCUAAAAUUGUAGAUCAAGCUGAAAUACAUAGAGAUAGAUCAACUUUUACGAAGCAUCUUAUAAAAUGCUUUUGCAAAAUUACUCUCACCAAAGCUAGCCCUAAAAUGGGUGCUCCAUGGUGUGUUAAACCGGAAUAUUUACAAGUCUAUGGCUUGGAUAUGACAUGGCCUGUCAAGUUAUUGAAAUAUAAAGAUGAUGUCAUUAUCUCUACUAUUAAUUCCAAUAAUGAUCAAAAUAUCAACGUAGAGUAUAAAGAUAAUGAUGAUGAUUAUGAUGAUCUAACUGAUAAUGAAAUCAAAAAGAAAUAUAAUAAUGAAGAAGAUACAAAUCCAAUAAAACUAAAAAAGAAAAGGAGGGAUAAAGUAAAUAUAAAUAAAAAAACUGAUGAGCUAGUAAAAGUUACAGAAGUAAUCAAAAAGAAAAAGGGCAGACCUAGAAAACAUAAAUUAGAAGAUCCAUCUGAACCCAAAAUUAAAAAGAAACGGGGUAGGAAACCAGGUAGUAAAAACAAGGACAAAAAUAUUGAUAUGGAAUCAAAUGGGAACAGUGAAGGUGUUAGUAUCGAUACUCCCGGUGUGAAAAAGGAAGACAAGAAGAAAGAAGAAGAAGAAGAAGAAAAAGAAGAAGAAGAACAACUAAAAUUACAUACUUUGACUAAUAAUGAAGAAACAAAUAAUGCCAAUGCUAAUAAUGACCUCAAUAUUGAAAACAAGAAAAAGGAAAAUAAUGGGAGAAAACUGGAGAAAAAGGGUAAAAACAAUUUCAAAAAAAACAAAAAUAAUAAUGAAGCCGAAUCAGAUGACCAGAUAAAAGAGGGGUCCCAAAAUACCGAAUUAAACACAAACAAUCAAAAGGUUGAAGCUUUAGAAGAAGAAUCCAGCUUUCAACAACCUACUUGCAUUACCGAGGAUACAGAAAUACCAUUUGAUCCAAGCAAAGAAUCUCAUUUUAAAUAUACAACUAAAUAUAAUAUUGAUUUGGAAGAGGUGUGUGCCACCAAUAAUGAAAAACCAAAUUCUUCAAAUUUCACCAAGCUAUUACAAAUAUUUCAAUUUAUUAACACCUUCAAUGAGGAAUUUAAAAUUAGCCACAUUUCCUUUGAAAAAUUAAUUACUGCUUUUAAAUGUACAGUACCGCGAGAAUUAGCAGGUGAGACGGUACACAUAGACAUUGUUCCUUUUUCUAAGCAUUCCGCAAAGGAUAAUGUCAAUGAUUUACCUUUCUACAAUGAAAAAUGCACACGCUACAGCAAGUUUGAUAAACUAAUUCGAGACAAAAAUGUUCCCAAUAUUCUAAAAUAUCGCAUUAUCCCUGAUGACCCACUAGAAACAAUAGGGGAAAGUCUAGUGGAUGAUAUAGAAUAUAAUGGAUCCCAUGUUCUAGUGGAAAUAUUCUGUGGGUUAUUAAGAUUGUUUAUCAAUGAAAAUAUGGAAUGGACAUGUUUUGUUGCUGAGGAAUGGUUGUUACCCAAUGAUAAUAAAAUCACCAAUGAAAAUUUUGAAAUACCACCAGACAUUUCCAAAUUUUUAGAAAAAGUUUUGCAAUAUCGAAAUGUCGAUUGGACAGAGAGAUUAGGGAAAAGACAAUUUAAUAAUGGAUUCUGGGUAAUUUGUCUAUUAGGAGUAUUUAGAGAUUGCAUUCAUUUACCUAUGUAUUCUGAUAUUAUCAUUAAUAUUACUACAAAAAUCAUGAAGUUACAAAAUACUGGGUCUCAUUUAAAUAAAACAAUGUGGAGAAAUUUCGUUUGGAAUUUAUCCUUGGAUGAAAAAAUUGACUGUCUGUGGGUGUUGCUUGAUUUGUUAUUAAAUUUUCAACCUACAAUCAAAAAUAGGGUCGAAUCUUCGAUGGAGUUGGUCAAUUUGCUGAAAAGCGAAAGAUUUAAAAUGAUGAAAGAUGUUAAACAAUUAAACAAUAAAUUGUCGGAUUUGUUAAAAAAUCAGCAUCCUAAAGAAUGUGCAGAUAAGAAUGAUACAAAUGUUUCUCCAAAUGCUAAUAACACAGUCGCUAACUUUAGCCUUCCAUCGCCAUUGUCCGGUACCGAAUCCAACGAGAACAUCCAAGAAGUCAAAGCUAUUGAACUUCAACUUGCUCACUUAAAUAAUAUGAAAGUGCUUUUGGACCAAUACUUAAGGACAAAUGAUGACCAAAGAUUGAAAUCUUUAGGUAUGGACAGGUAUGGUAACAAAUACUGGUGGCUAGAAUUUACUGGAAUCCCCAUCCACACCGAGAAUCCACUAUGUGGCAGGCUAUUGAUUCAAGGCCCCUCAAAAUAUGAACUACAAUAUCUUUACCCGGAACAUGAUGACAAAAUUGUACUUGAUAGUGAGAUGAAGGAUAAUAACCUUCCUCCAAAGUCUUUAUUAGAGAGGAAAAUCAAGGAGGAAACAGAUCAAGGCAUGUUACUAAACGAUCUUCACUGGCAUAUUGUUUCUACUAAACAAGCUUUUAAUACAUUGAUGAAAUGGUUAAAUACAUGGGGCACACGAGAACAUCAGCUAUUGAAGAACUUGAAAAUUUAUGAAGACGAAAUCUUUAAAUCUAUUGACUUUAUUGAGCGAAAAUCCUUGAUGAAUUUGCCUAGAGAGGAUGAAAUUUUAAAAGAAUUGGAAAAAUUUGAAUUAAACACCGAGGAAUUGGAAUAUCUAAACCAACUUGCUUCAACAGAAAAAAGUUCCUCUUCGGUUAAUAUUUCUACUGACGAAUCCGAUGAGUGUGAAGCAGACUUAGCUGAUAUCACAAAAAAAAUUACGACAUUAGAAAAUUCAGGCUCAAAAACACGUGUAAUAUUAAGCCAAAUUGCCACGUUAGAAAAACAGCGUGAUUUACUACUUGAGAAGAAGAAAAAUAAUGUCAAAAACAAUAUGCCUUUUGAUUCCAACACUCUGUUAAUGCGCUCAAUUAAAGAAAAAAUACGGGAACAACAACAGCUGUUAACUGAAUUGCAUAAUUUUAGGCACUCAGAAUCUAUGGAGGAUUGUUCUAAUUGGCGAAAUAAUGAAUCUAUCAGAUUAUAUGGGAAGCCGUUAUCUAAAGGUGCUACAGGUAGCAGCGAAGAAGAAAAUUGUAAUGUUGAAACAAAAUUGCAUACAAUAUUAAAGAAUAUAAACUUACAAUUGUCUUAA